ACCCAUCAUGGAGAAUGAACACGAGCAGUAGCCACAGCAGUGAACAGUGAAGUCAUGUUUUGAGGAAGAAUGAAAUGGUCAUGUCUGAAUAAUUAUUCCAUUAUUGUAUUCAAUAUCGUGUAAUUUUACCCCCAGCUUUAUCAAUUCAUCUGCCUUAAUGAAUUGAGAAUUCCAAUUUCAGUACAAUGGCAAGAGAAUAUGAUCACCUAUUCAAAUUGCUGAUAAUCGGAGAUAGUGGUGUUGGGAAAAGUUCUUUGCUCCUACGAUUUGCAGAUAACACAUUCUCAGGAAAUUAUAUCACAACGAUUGGAGUCGAUUUUAAAAUCCGUACGGUGGAAAUAGAUGGUGAUAAAGUAAAAUUACAAAUAUGGGAUACCGCUGGACAAGAAAGAUUUAGAACAAUCACAUCAACGUAUUAUAGAGGGACUCAUGGAGUCAUAGUAGUUUAUGAUGUAACCAGCGGUGAAUCAUUCGCCAAUGUUAAGCGGUGGUUGCAUGAAAUCGAUCAGAACUGUGAAGUUGUCAGCCGGAUUCUUGUUGGUAAUAAAAACGACGCCCCCGACCAGAAAGUAGUUUUGACAGAAGAUGCCCAAAGAUUCGCUGACCAAAUGGGAAUACAACUAUUUGAGACUAGUGCCAAAGAUAACAUUAAUGUUGAAGAAAUGUUUAUGGCAAUAACUAGGCUGGUACUGCGCACUAAGAAGGAACUAAAGGAGCGUCCUACUGAUACAGUCAUCAUAAGACCUAGACAAAAACCGAAAAAAAGCAAAUGUUGUUAGCAGUUUUAUUAGAUAGAAGUUAUGACUUCGGUUGCAUUUAUGGAAAUACUCAUGUACAUUUUAAUUGUGUACCACAAUGAAAGCAUUUUCAUGCAUGGCAUGUGAAGUAUAUAGCGUGUUUUGCAAGUGUAAAUAUCUAUAAUUAUGAAUUGAAGCUGAUAGUAGAGGAGAAGAUGAACACUUCAUAAUAACUAGACAAUGGUCGAAGAUAUUCAUGUGAUCAUCAUUUUGUUCUGCUAUCUGAGCUCAAUUCUUCAAUGUUAUCAGUUGCUUAAUCUGAGUUAAUAUUUCAAGUGCAUUCGGGUUAAUUCAGCCUAAUAAGGAAAAGGAUUCAGCCUAAUUUCGAUGUAUUCAAGAAUGUAGUCGAAUUGCUUGUGCAGUAGGUCUAAAUUACAUUGGAUAGAGAAAAUCUGCUACUUCAUUCAAUAGCAGAACGACCUUUUUUGGGUGGUUGAGAUUUUCAGCUUCAUUUUGUAGAAACAUUUGAAUUUACGCUUAUUGUAAAUUGUAAUACAAAUUUAGAUGCUUGUUUGUGAACCUUGCAUUCUCUCCUGUAUGAAUUUAAUGCCGUUUCUAUAAUUUCAAUAUUGCUAUACAAACGAGUAUAAAAAAAACAUGAUAGGAAAAUUUAUCUAUUUUAGAAGUUAUGAACUUUUAUUAAUAGUAUCCAACCAAGGAACUAAAGUAAUGUUUAAAGAAUGUAAUGAAUAUAUCAUAGAAAUAAGAGUGCACGAUUCUGAAUUUGUUAACAUUUUUGCCCUUUGGAAGAUAUUGCUGUAAAAUUCAAAAGACGGGAUGGGGAAUUGAUCUCACAAUUUUAAAUUGAGAACUUAUACUGAACCUUUUCCCAUACAAGAUUCAACUUCAUAGAAACUCCAACUACCAGAUAAUACACACCGCCUGUGAUUCAUUCAUCAUUCUUAUUAUUGGUUUUUUAAAUUUAUUUUAUUAAUUUGUUUUAUCUAUUUUGAAAUUGAGUUCAUUGAAUCGUGUACUGUUAUUGGGCCACUCAUUAUUAUUCUUUUAUUAUAUUACUGUAAUUUUCGUUGCAAUUUACACCUGAAUGGUAAUUUUAUCAAUAAUUAUUGAUAAACCUUGUAUACAUAAUAAAAGUGUGCAUUAAAUCAUAAUAUCAUAGAGAAAAGAUACCGUUAAUUGCAUUAUUCGUCUCUGAUAAUACUUUCAAUUAUUAUUUUACUAGCCUAUAUAUUGUAGAAUAUUUAAUGUCUCAUUAUAUGUUAUGAUUAAUAGUUGUGUACGGUAUGAGUUGAUGAAAUAAUACAUUGGUUUUAUUAAUCGGAAUGCACUUAAUAUACAUCAAUUUGAUAAGAUUACAUUCCGAAGCUGAAAACAUCGGAAUAGUUUAUUAAGGAAGUGUUAGUUAAUUAAUGGUAGCUGUGUUGAGAUAAUGUUGUGAAUGUUUAUGACUUAAUGUCGCUUAUUUCUAAAAAAAUCUUCAUUCCGCGGAUAAUUUUGUAAAGUGAAAUUCUCCAGAUGUCUCCACAAAACAUAGCUGAACAUAGCUUAAUAUUUAAAUCUCUCUAAAACUGUGAAGAGGAUCAGGGCUGUAAUAAAGUAAACACCAUUUUAGAAUAGUUGAGCUUUGCAUAUUGAAUUUAUUUCAGUUAUCUAAUUCGUGAUUAUUAUUGACAGGAUUGAAUGUCAGAACAAGUAUUGUGCCUCUUUUACACAUCCAUGGAGGAUGCAUUUUUUACUGGAAUUUUACAUUUUUACAAAGCUUUUACGCUUUUAUUUCAAUAUUAAUGUAUAUAAAGAUAACAUUUAUUGAAAUCCCCAAUCCUUUCCUGACGAACGUUUUCAUUGAUUAGGCAUAAUAUAAUAAUAUGGAAGGAAUUAUUAAGAUAGUGUUCUCAUUGAGUCUAUUUCUCAAUCUGGCUUUUGUCAAUUAUUGAAUUAUUUCUGUAUUAUCUACUCUACACGCUAAAUUUCAGUUCGUUGUCAAUUAGUUGAAUAACUAUAAAGCUUGUCACUGGAGCUUCUGACUUUUAAAUGUAGCAAAAUUUAAAUUAAAUGUCAUAUGAUCACCACAAUCUAUCAACCAAACGUAUUCUAAACUCAAAUGUCCUAUUCAAACUUAAUUUGGAAGCAUUACUUAUUUGGAAAACUACGAAUUCUCUUUUCAACUUGAUUUUAUCUAUUGCUUCAAUUUUGAUUGGAAAUUGUCCAUCUGGAAGUUCAAACAAAUUUGAAUAAUAGGCGAGAUCGCUUUGCAUAGAUUAGCGUUGUCUGUGUAGUUCUUGAAAAAAAAUCUCGUUGAAUUGAAAAUGGUAGGUAAUCUAUUAUAGGUCAUUGUAGUCCCUUUGUCAACUUGGAACUUUCCGACUUGAUAAUUAAUACCUUGUUUCUCCAAUCUUUCAAAGAUUUUCUACCUAAUAUUAGUGCAGUUUACGUUGAAUUGAAAAUGGGAGGUAAUCUACUAUAGGUCAUUGUAGUCCCUUUGCCAACUUGGAACUUUCCGACUUGAUAAUUAAUACCUUGUUUCUCCUAUCUUUCCGACUUAAUAAUUAAUACCUUGUUUCUCCCGUCUUUCAAAGAUUUCCCACUUAAUAUUAGUGCAGUUUGUUUUAUUCAGUGCAGGUAGGCUGCAUAAUAAAUUAUGAGCUUAACUUUGAGACAAUAGACACCAGUAGGCCUACUCCUUGAAUGUUGAAACACAUGAACAUUGAGGAAACUCCAAGAGCUGAACAUUGAGUAAAAUUCAUUCAUUGUAAAUCUCUCUUGAUUAUCCUGGAAUUAUGAUUAUUAAUAAAUUAUAUUAACUAAACAAUACAUUUGUGUUCUUGAAUCAGAUCAGUUACCGUAGCCUUGUCUACUUCAAUGUUUCUUGGAUGGAAAAUGUAUGAUUUUUGAGAAAAAUAUUAUAGUUAGAUUGAAUACCAUUCUUAGCCAUGAUACAUGAGAAGUAUGGUAGCUAACAACUUAUGAGUUACCUGAAUUUUUCCUCUAAUAUGUUUUAGCAUACUCGAGAUGCAUUAGAAAUGUUCUAAAUUUCAAUUAGCCUAAAAAUCUGUUAAAUAUCAAUUUUAAUUAUUCUCCAGCUGGAGUCGAUUAUCAUUAUUUUUAAUGAGACAUUCCAUGAUACAUAUUUAAUGUGAUUAGUUGACUCUGCCAAUUUUAAUAACCUUCCGUUCAAUCAGAAUUAACUGUAGAAAUUUCUACAACUAAUCUAAAGAGGUACUGGAUCAUUGCAUCACUUCGAUUCCGUAGCGUAUAAGUAUUGAUUGAAACAACAUCAACUCAGAAAUAUGGAAUUUUUGAAACUUCAAAUGUAACGUCAGUGUCAUUUUGAUUUGUUGUGAUACCCAUGAUUAAAAUUGAUUUUUUGCCACACUUGUUCCAGUAUAUCAAACAUAACAUCUAACUAUUCAUCAAGUCAUUGAAAUUUUCUAGUUAAUGUCAAACAUAAUUUAUUCUUUAUGAAACCCCACAGUGAGAAAUCCAACGGUGUUGAAUCUGAAAAAGAUUUUCAUGUAGGAAAUUCCAAACUUUACAGUGAAGGAGUUAAUGCACCGUCGUGUUUAAAAUAAAAGGAUACUUGUUCACCUGGAAUAUACUUGUGCUUGAUUUGCUGUACUAGGAGUCUUUCCACACAUUUUGUACUUUCCAUUUAAACAAAACUUUCUACCGUGGCGCUUGUAGAGUGUCAAUCUCCAGUUUAUUUUGUGUUUUAAAACAAAAAGUCACCUCUCAAUUAUGUUUGUAAUUUGAUUAAUGUUUUAGGUGCUUUUGAAGUUGUAAAGUCCUUGUGUAAUCACUUUCUGUAAUAUAUAUUGUAAAUGUUAGUAUUUCAAGUUGACCAUUCAUCAGACUCGUUAUACUUAUCCAAUGUUACUAUUAUUAGGCCAACAUGCAAAUACUAUUAAGGAAUUUAUAUUGUUUUGCUUACCUUGUGAAUUUCUUGUUUCGUUUUUGUAUAACAAUAAGCAUUGGUAGCUCUUGAUUUCGACAUCCAGCUGUUCAAAAUAUUUCCUGCUUUCUCCGCUAAUACAAGUUCGGUUCUUAAGCUUUUAUUCAUAACGAUUUUAUGUUAUCAGGUAAUUUCAAUACUUUAUAAGGAACCAUGUUUAAAACUUCAAUCGUCCUCAUUUAUCAGGAAGUUGGGUGUCUGGAUAAGUUAGCUUACCAGGGUAUGAUUCUGCUAUAAAUAUAAUAAAAAAAUAAUUUGGCAAUCUUCAAUACUCAAAAUUGUAACGUUCACUGCUCACAUUCUUAAAUAGCAAAGCAAUAAUAUUCAAUUGAGCUUUGUUAUUUAGAAUAUGAAUUUGUAAUUUAUUGAAUCAUAUUAUAAGGAUAUUGACUAUUAUGUAUAAUUUUAUUUUUUAACGCAUUAUAUACUGCAACUCUUACUACCAUGUAUUUGAUAUUGCUUUCUUUAUAGGUAACCAAUUCUUAUUUUAUUAAGUUUUUAGUUCCACAAACUAUCGAAACAUAUAAAAUGUUUUCAGCUCAUUAUUAUUUCACUAUACAGUUUAGCAUGGUUUCUAGUUCUAUAUUAAUCAAUCAAAUGUAAAUUUGUGUAUCAUUUCCUUUGCUUCUUGUGAAAGAAAACUUUUUAGUUCAACAUUUUAUCAAAAACACUAUGUUUUCAGCUUAUUAUUUCACAUUGUAUGCUGUUUAGUAUGGUUUCUAGUUCCAUAUUAUUUUUUGCUUCGUGUGAAAUCAAUCAAUAUAGAUUGCAAUCAGUAUACUCAAGAAAUAUAAUCAACGUCAUUCUUUAAAUAGUAUUAAUGAUCAUCUUCCCUUGAAAUGUGUUUAUGUAUAAUAAAAAUCACAUAUGUAAAUGAUGAGAAAUCUUUAUAAUUAUAUACCAUUUUUACAAACAA